AUGUUCAGGCAAUCCUUACCGCGACAGGCAAUGCGUUUCAGCAAUCCUCAGAAAGCUGCUGGACGUUUUAGAAUACCACCAGAGUGGCAUAAACACUCCCAAACCUUAACGGUAUGGCCAGAUUUUGACUCAAUUGGAGACGCAGAAAUACUGCAGAAAGCGCGCUUGGAAGUCUCUGCCAUCUCCAACGCCAUUGCUCGUUUUGAGCCUGUUACCAUGUUCACCCGACCGAAAAACGUGGAGCAGGCGAUGCAAACAGUAUCUAAGAAUGUCACCGUGCGUGCAUUGAAUGCUAUCCAGCUUUGGAUUCGUGACACAGGGCCGAUAUUUGUUCAUGGAGAGCAGGAUGGUCAAUUCACGGGUCUCAAACUCGGUUUCAACACUUGGGGAGGAAAGUUCGAGAGUAUUGGGGAUGAGACGGUCGCUGCGGAUGUUAUCGAUUCUGUGACGGCUAAGCUUGUGAAUCAUGAGAUUGAAGAAACUAGUUCAGAUCAACGCGACCCAGCCGGAGAUAGAGAGUUGUCUUCUACAGAACUUCAUAAGAAGCAACCCGUUCCAGGUAUCAAUGCAGGUUUCAUCAGCGAGGGCGGCGCAAUUGAAGUCGAUGGGCUUGGAACUUUGCUGGCUACCGAAAGCUCAAUCGUCAAUUCGAACCGGAACCCUGGGAUGUCGAAGGAAGAGCUGGAAGAUAAAUUUGAAGGAUGUCUGGGUAUCAGCAAAACUAUUUGGCUUCCCGGUGUCAGAGGCUACGAUGUCACAGAUUAUCACAUCGACGCCUUCGCCAGGUUCAUCAAGCCUGGCCAAGUGCUACUGAGCCGGCCCUCAAGGCAUGCCGAGUCCUGUGUCAUUCAGGCAUAUGUCGAAGCCAAAGAAGUCCUGAAUAAGGAAAAGGACUCUCGAGGAAACAGCCUGGAAGUGGUUGAAGUUGAGGAGCCACACCCUAAUGAUCUCGCUGGGGAGCUUUGGGGCGUGGCUGUUGCUUCGUAUGCCAAUUACUAUCUGGUCAAUGACGGUCUUAUUAUGCCACAGUUUGGGGUUGGGAAGUUGGAUGACGAAGCCUAUGAGUUUUUCAAGCGAUACUUCCCUGGUCGGGAUAUUGCUCGGGUUGAUUUGAAUAUGCUUCCGAAGCUUGGGGGAGGGAUUCACUGCGCAACGCAGCAAGUACCGGUUGGAAUUUAA